UUGAGUUAAUGGUAAAAUACUCUUUUAUUUUCAAAAAUUGAUGCAUAAGGAAAGUGUUUGACGGUACAUGCUUAUCGUGUUAUUAUAACCAAAAUGUUACUUUGUUUAUCGUUCAUACUUUGUGUUUUAAAUUGUUUUUGUUUAAGUGUUUAUGGUGACGAAGCUUUUUCAAAUGAGUUAGAGUAUACUUACCUAGAACCUCCAUAUUUUUAUAAGGACUUACAAUCCAUUUUGAAGUUCUUCGAAGAUCCCCAAUACAGAUUUACACCCGGCGUACGUGAACUUUUGAAGAGUUAUCACCAGCAAAAAGUUAAGACUGAUGGCCUUAACACAACUGGUCAAGGUAAAAGACAUCCUUUGUUCGUUAUAGAAGGUCUGCCUGGAUCAGGCAAAACAACAAUAGGGCAACUUUUAGCAUCUAAGCUGAAUGGAGUCAAAGUGCAUUCUCCUUCAUACAGUAUUUACGCCUUAAAACCGUUAUUUCAGGGGGAUCACCUUAGAGAGUCUGCCUAUAACGCUAUGUGUCACUACAUCACCGCGCUUGAGGUACAAGUUUUUCUAAAAUCAUCACCAGUUGUCUUGGACAGGUUCUGGCAUUCAUCUGCCUCGUAUUGGAUAGCUUAUGCAAUACAAACCAAACCAAAACAAUAUACGAUGCCUCCCAAAGGUGAUAGAAUUUAUACAUGGCCCGAAGACUUGCUUAAACCUGAUCAAGUAUUUUUGUUAGAUGUCGAUGAAACUAAAAGAAAAGAAAGGAUAUUUGAUAGAAGUAAAAUAAACAAUUUAACUGAUGUUGAUGUUAUAUUACACAAUAUUACUGAUUUUAGAAAUAACAUAUUAAUAGCAUACAAAAAUAUGCAAAAUCCAGGAGUUAUUGUAAUAAACUCUACUGGUUCAGUUCCAGAAGUUUUGGAAGACGUUUACUCCAGAGUAAAAACAUACAUGAACAUUUAAGUCUCUACAGUUGUAUUAAAAAAAAUAUUUAUUUAUUACUGUGUUUUUUAAUUAAAUAUAACAAUAAAU